AUGGGGGGCCCCCCAUCUGCCGCAGCAGUUUUUGUUUUUUGUUUGGCUCGCUGUGGGGACCCCAGGAAACACAAUAUGCAUGCAGCAGCAGCAGCAGCAGCAGCAGCAGCAGCAGCAGAUGCAGCAGCAGCAGAUGCAGCAGCUGCAGCAGCAGAUGCAGCAGCUGCAGCAGCAGAUGCAGCAGCAGCAGCAGCAGAUGCAGCAGCAGAUGCAGCAGCAGCAGCAGCAGAUGCAGCAGCUGCAGCAGCAGGAGCAGUUGCAGCUGCAGCUGCAGCAGCAGCAUAUGCAGCAGCAGCAGCAGCAGCAACAGCAGCAGCAGCAGAUGCAGCAGCAGGAGCAGUUGCAGCUGCAGCAGGAACAGCAGCAGGUUUGCGUUGA